AUGUUCGCCCAGGUCAUGAAACGGUUGGACCGCAUUGUGAUUGAUGAAUGCCACAUCGUAUUGAAUCAGCAGCGUGAUUUCCGGCCCAUGAUGCAGCAGCUUGGACGAUUGAUGAUCGCACGGACGCAGGUGGUUUUGUUGACGGCGACAUUGCCGCCCAGCUUAGAGGACCGAUUAUGGCAGCGCAUGCGAUGGUCCCGGGAGCAGGUCAGCUUGUUCCGUGGUCGAACCAGCCGGACCAACGUGGCAUAUCGUUUGUGGCGUCCGAUCAUUGAGCGGGAGUACAAUGGGCCCCAUCGUUGGAUCCAGAUGGAUCAUAUCGCAGCAUUCAUCCGGGACCGCAUCCGACGAUCGCGGGGCGGGCGCACCAUUGUGUACGCGCAUAUCGUCGAACAUGUCACGACGAUGGCGGAGAUACUUGGGUGCGAGGCGUAUUACCAUGACCAGCUUGAUAAGGCCGGCGUCUUAGAGCGGUUUCGCAGCCAGCCCCACGGGGUGGUCGUGGCGACGAGUACAUUAGGGAUGGGAGUCGACAUCCCCGACAUCCGCAGCAUCAUCCAUUUGGGGCGACCACGAACGUUGCUGGAUUACGCGCAGGAGAGCGGGCGCGCAGGUCGGGACGGUCAGGCGAGCGAGGCGAUCAUCAUCCAGCCCGACGGGGUUGAUACCCCCCCGCCGUGGAUGCAGGACACGCCGUCCGCGGAGCAGCAGCGGGUAGAUGCAUAUAUGUCAGCCAGUCCAUGCCGGCGGGUCGUUUUGGACGGGUAUUUGGAUGGCGUGGUAGAUGGAUACCAGCGAUCCCAUUGUGGGGAUCACGAUUAUGGUUCGGUCACCACUGCCAGUCCGAGAACCAGCCCAGAAGCCAGCCCAGAAGCCAGCCCAGAAGCCAGCCCAGAAGCCAGCCCAGAAGCCAGCCCAGAAGCCAGCCCAGAAGCCAGCCCAGAAGCCAGCCCAGAAGCCAGCCCAGAAGCCAGCGAGACGGCCAGCAGUAUUGAUUCCGAGAGCUUACAGUCACAGGCACCAUGGGAGAGCCCCAUUCAUGAUCACAUACAGACCAUGGCGGCCGGCACAGGAUCCAGUCAUCACAUACAGACCAUGGCGGCCGGCACAGGAUCCAGUCAUCACAUACAGACCAUGGCGGCCGGCACAGGAUCCAGUCAUCACAGGCAGACCAUGGCAGCCAGCGCAGAAUCCAAUGACCACAGAGGUAUUCCAUUUGGGGUCCGGCAACAGUUCCAGCAGCAGGAAAUUGAUCGCGCACGCAUGUCCGAGCAGCAUCAGCAGGCGCGGCAGCAGGAACUGACAGACGAAGAGUUUUUAAUGCAGCAGGCGCGGGAAUGGCAGGAUCGUUGUUGGAUUUGUGCGCAGGAAGGCCGGAAUGCUGAGCACGAAUUAUACCAUUGUGCCCAGCCCAGUAGCCAGCAGGCGCGGGAUUGGAUGAUUCGAGUCCGGCGGCGGGUCCAGUACGCGCGAUAUACCAGUUGUUUCCAAUGUGGGAUGCCACAGACAUUAUGCUCCGGGUGGUCCAGUGGGGAAUGCGCGCACCGCGGAUUAUUAUACGCGAUGGUUGGGAUGAUGUUGUUUGGAGGCCCCAAGCAGGAGCAGGUCCAGCGAUUAUGGGAGCAGCGAUUAGCUGAGCAGGGGGUGAGUGCACAGGAUGAGCCGCAGGUGACAGCGUUUUUAGGGCAACGCAGUACCCAGGGGUGGGAGAAGCAUACGGAGUUAGUUCGUGCAUUCAUAUGGUUGCGGCGGAUAUAUCAUGAGGUUGGGAUGUAG